CUGAAUUUUCGGGUCGUGAAUCGGAUUAUUUUUUCGAUCGGUUACCCGAAUCACAAAACACUGGCACGUUCACAAGCCAUAAACCCUAAACUGCGCUUUUCUUCUUUCUGUCUGAGAACCGGUCAUGGCUUCACGAAGGUUCUUAUCGUCUCUUCUCCGUUCACCGCUCACUCGCUCUCCACCGGAAUUUCAAUUUCCGACCUAUGUCCAAUCACUCUUUUUCUCCAACCUUACCUCUCGUCUUUCUCCGAUCCCCGUCACAGGGUUUCCUCAGACUAAUGCAUUUUCUAGAGUUCAGUCUGGUAAUGGUUUAGCUAGAUUGGCUUCAUUUCAGCAUGAUUCUCUACAUGCCCCUCAAAAUAGGUUUUUGUCGACCGGGACAAAUUCAGCUGAUUCUUCUUCUCAAGAUAGUACCAUUCUGGAACCAGAAGUGCCUCCUCGCAUCAAAUUUAAGAGAUUAGAUAAAACUGCAAGGCACAUUAUGCAGAUUUUAGACAAGGAAGCAGUGGAGGAGGUGAAAGCACAAAAAGAGGUGCCUGAUAUAAGGCCUGGUUAUACUGUGCAGCUCAAAGUGGAAGUGCCAGAGAACAAGAGGCGCAUUUCUAUUAUAAAAGGGAUUGUUAUUGCAAGGCGUAAUGCUGGACUCAAUUCUACAUUCAUGAUUAGAAGGACGGUGGCUGGGACUGGGCUUGAAUAUCUAUUCCCACUGUAUUCACCUAACAUUAAGGAGAUAAAGGUGCUGGACAAGAAGAAAGUGAGAAGAGCCAAACUCUACUAUGCGAGGAAGAAAAAGAAUGCGCUUAAAUAAAAACAAACACCAAACUUUUAUCCUGUUUGAAACUUUGUGAUUCAUAAUUUUGUCAUACUCGUAUAGGCAUCCGUAUUAAUUUGCAUUCUGCUGUUUUGUUGUCAAUUUAGAUUUAUUUAUCGUCCAUAUGAAAUUGAAAAGAGGAUGCAUGGGCGUAUAUCUCCUCUAACAGUUCCUGGCAGGAAACCACAGUAAAUCUUGUACUAAGAGCACCUCAAUCUAGAUUAUUUAACUAUUUUUUUGAAA